AUGGUUGAUUUGGAUUGGAAAGCAAAGAUGGUAUCCUCCGAUCUCCCAAACAAAUCCCCGAAACUCUCCAACAAGCUCCACAUCUCAAUCCCAAACAUACCGUUUCGUGGCGUCUCAAAUAUCUCUCCGAUUCCCGCUCCCGACCCAGCUUGUUCUGCUUACGAGCACUACCUCCGCCUCCCAGAGCUACGGAAGCUAUGGAACAGCAAAGAAUUUUCGAAUUGGAAAACAGAGUCUAUAUUAAAGCCAGCAUUACAAGCUCUAGAAAUCACUUUCCGGUUCGUUUCAACGGUUUUAUCAGAUGCAAGACCGUACGCGAACCGGAGAGAAUGGACACGGAGGAUCGAGUCACUCGCCACCUCUCAGAUUGAGUUGAUCGCGAUCAUCAUCGAAGAUGAGGCAGAAGAUAGCACAUCUCGAGGCACAUCUCCGAUCGUGGAUUUGAGCUCAUCGAACGGUGUUCUGGUCAGAGAUGGAAGUUAUGCAGAGAUAUGGAAAGUUCCCGGUGAGACUACAGUGGUCAAUAAAACCAGCGAGGCAAGUCUGUUGCCUAGGCUCGCGACAUGGCAUACAUCUGAAGACGUAGCACAGAAAAUCCUGUACUCCAUCGAGUGCGAGAUGAGACGGUGCCCAUACACACUAGGUCUCGGGGAGCCGAACCUGAACGGCAAGCCAAACCUAGAAUAUGACGCCGUUUGCAGACCGAACGAAAUCCACUCCCUCAAAAAGAGUCCUUACGAUCACAUAAAGAACCAGGAAAACCAGUCAGUGUAUACCACGCAUCAAAUCUUAGAGUCUUGGAUCCACGUGGCAAAACAAAUAAUCCAGCGCGUACUAGAAAGAAUUGAAAGCGAAGAAUUUGCAAAAGCAUCAAACGAUUGUUAUUUAAUCGAGAAAAUCUGGAAACUUAUGGCAGAAAUCGAAGACUUGCAUCUACUAAUGGAUCCAGAUGAUUUUUUGAGACUGAAAAAUCAGUUACAAAUGCGAUCAUUAGACGAAACGUCUCCGUUUUGUUUCAGAUCGAGAGAAUUAGUGGAGAUUACGAAAUCGUGCAAGGAAUUGAAGCACAAGGUACCGGAGAUUUUAGGUGUUGAAGCGGACCCAAAAGGUGGGCCCAGGUUACAAGAAGCAGCCAUGAGGUUGUACAGUGAAAAAAAGGCGUUUGAGAAAGUUAACUUGCUUCAGGCUUUGCAGGCAAUUGAGGGUUCGUUGAAGAGGUUCUUUUAUGCGUAUAAACAGGUGUUGAUUGUGGUUAUGGGGAGUUUGGAGGCCAAAGGGAAUGGGGUUUUGGUGAGUUCGGAGAGCUGUGACUCGUUGACUCAGUUGUUCCUUGAACCUACUUAUUUUCCGAGUUUGGAUGCUGCUAAGACUUUUGUAGGAGAGUCUUGGAGUCAUGAACAACCGAAUGGGGUAGAUAGACGAAGUCGGAGGAAGCUGUGA